AAGCAUUUAUUCCACUGGGAUAGAAGCGGCAGGAGCAGCGCUGGCACCAGCGAACCAUGGCUGGGAUUUUCUAUUUCGUCCUCUUUUCGUUUCUCUUUGGAAUUUGCGACGCUGUCACCGGUUCUAGGGUGUACCCCGCGAAUGAAGUUACUUUAUUGGAUUCCAGAUCUGUUCAGGGAGAACUUGGGUGGAUAGCCAGCCCUCUGGAAGGAGGGUGGGAGGAAGUGAGCAUCAUGGAUGAAAAAAAUACACCGAUCCGAACCUACCAGGUAUGCAACGUGAUGGAAGCCAGCCAGAACAACUGGCUGCGAACUGACUGGAUCACCCGAGAAGGGGCACAGAGGGUGUACAUUGAGAUUAAGUUCACCCUGAGGGACUGCAACAGUCUUCCGGGAGUCAUGGGGACUUGUAAGGAGACGUUUAACCUGUACUACUACGAAUCAGACAAUGACAAGGAACGUUUCAUCAGAGAGAGCCAAUUCGCCAAGAUUGACACCAUCGCUGCUGAUGAGAGCUUCACCCAAGUGGACAUUGGGGACAGAAUCAUGAAGCUCAACACUGAGAUCCGGGAUGUGGGGCCGUUGAGCAAGAAGGGGUUUUACCUCGCUUUUCAGGAUGUGGGGGCUUGCAUCGCUCUGGUGUCGGUUCGUGUGUUCUACAAGAAGUGUCCACUCACUGUUCGCAAUCUAGCCCAGUUUCCGGACACUAUCACAGGGGCUGAUACUUCUUCCCUGGUGGAAGUUCGGGGUUCCUGUGUCAACAACUCAGAAGAGAAGGAUGUGCCAAAAAUGUACUGUGGGGCAGAUGGGGAAUGGCUGGUGCCCAUUGGCAACUGCCUAUGCAAUGCUGGGCACGAGGAACAGAACGGAGAAUGCCAAGCUUGCAAGAUUGGAUAUUACAAGGCUCUCUCCACGGAUGCCACAUGUGCCAAGUGUCCACCCCACAGCUACUCUGUCUGGGAAGGAGCCACCUCGUGCACCUGUGACCGAGGCUUUUUCAGAGCUGACAGCGACGCCGCUUCCAUGCCCUGCACCCGCCCUCCAUCUGCUCCCCUCAACUUGAUUUCAAAUGUCAAUGAGACGUCGGUGAACUUGGAGUGGAGCAGUCCUCAGAACACGGGUGGCCGGCAGGACAUUUCCUACAACGUGGUCUGCAAGAAAUGUGGAGCUGGUGACCCCAGCAAGUGCCGGCCCUGUGGAAGUGGGGUUCACUACACCCCACAGCAAAACGGCCUCAAGAGCACCAAGGUCUCCAUCACUGACCUCCUAGCGCACACCAAUUACACGUUUGAGAUCUGGGCAGUGAAUGGAGUGUCCAAGUAUAACCCUAGCCCGGACCAGUCAGUGUCUGUCACUGUGACAACCAACCAAGCAGCACCGUCAUCCAUUGCUUUGGUUCAGGCUAAAGAAGUGACGAGAUACAGUGUGGCUCUGGCUUGGUUGGAACCAGAUCGGCCCAAUGGCGUAAUCUUAGAAUAUGAAGUCAAGUAUUAUGAAAAGGAUCAGAAUGAACGAAGCUAUCGUAUCGUUCGGACAGCUGCCAGAAACACAGAUAUCAAAGGCCUGAACCCUCUGACUUCCUAUGUUUUCCAUGUGCGAGCCAGGACAGCUGCUGGCUAUGGAGACUUCAGUGAGCCCUUGGAGGUCACUACCAACACAGUGCCUUCCCGGAUCAUUGGUGAUGGGGCCAAUUCCACCGUCCUGCUGGUGUCUGUGUCGGGCAGUGUGGUGCUUGUGGUCAUUCUCAUCGCAGCCUUUGUCAUCAGCCGGAGACGGAGUAAGUACAGCAAAGCAAAACAGGAAGCAGAUGAAGAGAAACAUUUGAAUCAAGGUGUUAGAACUUACGUGGAUCCCUUUACAUAUGAAGAUCCCAACCAGGCAGUUCGAGAAUUUGCUAAAGAAAUCGAUGCAUCUUGCAUUAAGAUUGAAAAAGUGAUAGGAGUUGGUGAAUUUGGCGAAGUCUGCAGUGGACGACUUAAAGUGCCUGGCAAAAGAGAGAUAUGUGUGGCCAUCAAAACUCUGAAAGCUGGUUAUACAGACAAGCAGAGGAGAGACUUCCUGAGUGAGGCCAGCAUCAUGGGACAGUUUGACCACCCAAACAUAAUCCACUUGGAAGGCGUUGUCACCAAAUGUAAACCAGUGAUGAUCAUAACAGAAUACAUGGAAAAUGGCUCCUUGGAUGCAUUCCUCAGGAAGAAUGAUGGCCGGUUUACAGUCAUUCAGCUGGUGGGCAUGCUCCGUGGCAUUGGGUCUGGGAUGAAGUAUUUGUCUGAUAUGAGCUAUGUGCAUCGUGAUCUGGCUGCUCGGAAUAUCCUGGUAAACAGCAACUUGGUCUGCAAAGUAUCUGAUUUUGGCAUGUCCCGAGUCCUUGAGGAUGAUCCCGAAGCAGCCUAUACCACCAGGGGUGGCAAGAUUCCUAUCCGGUGGACUGCGCCAGAAGCAAUCGCCUAUCGUAAAUUCACAUCAGCCAGUGAUGUAUGGAGCUAUGGAAUCGUUAUGUGGGAAGUGAUGUCAUAUGGAGAGAGACCGUAUUGGGAUAUGUCUAAUCAAGAUGUGAUUAAAGCCAUUGAGGAAGGCUACCGGCUACCCCCGCCAAUGGACUGCCCCAUUGCCCUCCACCAGCUGAUGCUGGACUGCUGGCAGAAAGAAAGAAGUGACAGGCCUAAAUUUGGGCAGAUUGUCAACAUGUUAGACAAACUCAUCCGCAACCCCAACAGCUUGAAGAGGACAGGGACAGAGAGCUCCAGGCCUAACACAGCUUUGUUGGAUCCCAGCUCCCCAGAAUUCUCUGCAGUUGUAUCUGUGGGCGACUGGCUACAAGCCAUUAAAAUGGACCGGUAUAAGGAUAACUUCACAGCUGCUGGUUACACCACGCUAGAAGCUGUGGUUCACAUGAACCAGGAUGACCUGGCAAGAAUUGGCAUCACAGUGAUCACGCACCAGAAUAAGAUUUUGAGCAGCGUCCAGGCAAUGCGAACCCAAAUGCAGCAGAUGCACGGCAGGAUGGUUCCUGUCUGAGCCAGUACUGAAUAGACUCAAAACUCUUGAAAUUAGUUUACCUCAUCCAUGCACUUUAAUUGAAGAACUGCACUUUUUUUACUUCGUCUUCGCCCUCUGAAAUUAAAGGAAAAAAAAAUAAUCUGCAGUGUUGCUUGGUGUACAGAUUGCUGAAACAGUGGGGCUUACAAAAAUGGCCGUGAUUGUUGGAAUUAGACCUGCAGCAAAUAGUUUCUCAGAAGUAUUUCUGUCCAUCACCAGUGUGUAAAAUACAUGUACCUAUAUAAAUAGAACUCUGCCUCCGAGUUUCGAUGCUGUAUUUGCUGCCAGACACUGAGCUUUCCCGAGUCAUCCUUAAUCCUCCCUCCACUGGAAUUACAACCGAAGGAUUUUGUCUGUGGCAUAAACUAUUGUCAUCACACUUCAUUGAAAGGAAGACCGUGCCCAGGAGCAUUGCUGAAGGACUCAAUGGUGGCUAUCAGGGCUUGGUUUAUACCAUGGAAUAAAAUCCAGGUGAAAGCCACGUGACCCGCCUAUACUGCCUCUUCAGGGCGCAGGUCACCUGGUGGAUUCCUGUGACAUAAGGGACUAGAAAGAAAAGGAGAAUGGCUUUCUUUAAAAUACAAAAUCCCAAGCCCAGUUACCCCUAACUGGACAGAUGAGGUCUGUUUCUUUGGGCCUGAGGCUAUGCCAUAUAAAGUCUUAUUUGGGGACCCUACAAACUGAUCAUAACUACCUUAUGGAUAAUGGGCUGUGACAAUCUUGAAUAGGGAAUUUUCACACUUCCCUCCUUUACAGAGGGAACCCCAAAUUUACAAGGGAGUAGAUUCUGCUAUCUCAGCCUCACAGCCCUUCCUGUUGAUUACAAAGCUCUUGGAAGAAAACAGAACACACCCUCCUCAGUUCCUUCUCAAUGUGUUUCUUCUGUUUCCCUUCUGCCAGUUCUGGGGCAAAGACACUUGAUGAAACCAUACCUGUACCUGAAAAGAAUAAGCGUAGGAGUUUCAAGUCCCCCUCCUAGGGAAAGCAGCAGCAGCGAAAAUUGCCAUCUGUUCUCCAGUUGCACCAAGGAAUGUACUGUCUUGCAGCACCAGCUCUGCAGAGCCCCCCAAGCUCCUUGUGGUUUGAUUUAUAUGUAUUUCCAUAUUUCAUUCCUGUACAUCACUGCUGCAUUGAUGUGGCAGCAAGUGACCAAAUGCUACAGGUUUUACUAUGGACGCCAGGUCAGGUGCCACCACACAGAACAAAGCCAGUUCCGUGAGCUGCCUAUGAUAUGCAUUGCUGAAAUAACAUUUUACCCAGGGUGUGCCAUUGCAGUGAUAUAAAUAUAUUUUUUUCCUAGACUAAAUAUGAGCUGACUAUCUCUUUUGAUGUGUGUACAUAGGUGUGAGUGUGUACGCGUGCGUGUGCGUAUGUGUGUAUGCCUGUGUAACCUCACACUUAGAACUGCCCGUGAAUGUUGUGGAAUGCUAAGAGUUCUGGUUUUCCACCAGUUCCAAGAUUGAGUCAUAUGAUAUUCAGGGCCUGGAGACCAUGCCCAUCCCCUUGGAAAGGCAGCCUGGAAAUGCUAGAUGUUCUGUAUUAUAAAUGUAAUUGUAGCUGCCACACUAACCUUGAAAAGCGAUUCUACAGCUUUGGACAAAUGAGUGUUCACCUUGAUGGUGGAGUGGUUUUAGAAUAUAGACCCACCCAGGUGACGGCGGCCCGUCACCAUAGCCACAGAUUCUGAUUGGACUCAUCUGAUUCAUCAGUUCCUCAUGGAGAGAGAAGGGGAUGGAAUCGGGGUGGUAAACCCCACAUGGAGUACAAGUAGCCUUUGUUUCCCUGCAUAAAUGGACUUGCUGAAUGCGAACAAAUAUAUGCAAUUCAUAUACUUUUGGCGAUGAACGUAAAUAUGUGUGUCAGCCUUGAGAUGAGCGUCCGGAUUAAUACUUUGUCUCCCAGUCACCGAAAAAUACAUCCCAGUGACUCGAGGUUAAUGUAGUUGGGAUGAAAUGACCUCAAACAUUUUCAGGUUCCCCAAUUAUGUGGAAGGUUCUCCAGUAAUUAAUAUGCAGCUGACUCCUCUUGCCCUCAAAAGUGCAUCAGUCUUCUAGAAUCCAAGUUCUGGUGUCUGAAGAUUCAGUAUUGAUAGGAUAUGUAUACCAAACUCCAGCCAGCAUACUGCCAUUUAACUUAAUCUGAGUGGCUGCCUUGCUUAUUCUGAGCUACGGUUGCAGAAACUGUGGCCGUUUAUAUAAGCUAUAACAUCAAAUCAGGGAAAAAUGGGGGGGAAAAUUCUGAACCAUAUAUUGUUGAAUAAGUAAAGAAAAUCACCAAUAAAUAUUUAUUGCAUUUUGACAGGGUGUGUGGCAUUGUAUUCGCCUAACUAUGCCAGAGUGACAAAGUUAAUUCACCCCUUUCGGGGGACCUUAAUAUAUUUUUAAAGGGAUGUGCCUAUGCAUUGAUGCCUGAAAAAUAUGUGUAAAGAAAAGAGGUUGAUUCUCUGAGCUGAUCGUCUUUCCCAGAGGUCAGGUAGGAGGAGGUGGCUAACUUCCAGGACCGUGCCCAGCCCAUGAGCAAGUGCUGGCCUGGUGAACUGGAAGGCUAAAUCCUACUCAGAUCUACUAAGCAGCUUGAUGCUGUUCCCUGCACCAAAUGAAGUCGCUUCACCACAUGUCUGCAGGCUCCGGGUUAUUUUUAGCAACCUUAUAAAUGAAAUGGUCUGGUGUUUUAAAAGAGUUGAAGAAAGGUUGUGUUCACUACACUGCUGCUGUGUGUGUUCUGAGACCUCUUGUAUUCAUCUGUGAAGGAUACAUGUAUUAAUCCACACACUCCUAUAGCCUCAGUAUUUGAUUGGAGACAAUUAAAUUCUGACCAGUAAAGGAAAGUUCUAGAAGCAAUAUUUUCACUUAUUUAACAUUGUCCAAGCAACAUCAAGCAUUGCUACAUGCUGAAGAGUGCAUUUAUUUUUUGUAUCACUCCAAGUACAUUGCAAUAUGCAAGGACUGUGAUAAAAUUAGAAUGUAUAAGGCAUAAUUUAGUUCAUACUGAAGGAGAAAUGAACAGCACAUCGCUUGGUUCAUACAUGUUCCAAAUUUUGAGCAAUCUUUUGAGUUAGAUAUAGAUUUUCUAUUUUGUUUUUAUUUGUCAAGGUAUUUUUCUUCCCUUCAUGAACUUUAGGUACACAUAACUUAUGUCAUUUAUUUAUGGUCUUUUAUACCUAGUUUGUAAAAUUGUAAAAUAGCAAACAAAAUGCAAAGAGUUUGCAUUUGAAAGUAAUAAAGUAGUUGCCGUAUACAAACCUGAAA